AUGGCUACCAAGCGUUGGCUUGAGAAGCCAGGAGUUCGAGACACGCAAAAUGCAAAGGCACGCGUUCGGAUGGCGAGCCUUAAAAAAAUACAUGCCCCUGCAGAGCCAACUAUACACAUCCCUUUGGUCAGUUCGCCCGUGCUCGACGGUCUCAAUUCUCGCGAUAUCACUCCUGAGGUCGAUGAUGGAUCUCUACUGACUAUGGAGAAUGACUUUCCCUGUUCCUGCGACACGCCAACCCUGCAAGACAUUGAGAACAUGGCCAACCAGUGGCAAAAGGGAUGGGCCCGGAAGUCUGAACACGCAUGGGAUGAGCGUAUGAAACCUACUCAAAGGGAGCGCCUCAAACAUGAUAUUAUUUCUACUGCAUGA